AUGAUUAGCACUACUACGGGCUUGACAACAAAUCUGUCACAUCCUCGAUUAGUCUGGUCUCGAACGGUGCACACUGGAGACAGGUCGGCAUCGAACUUGGGAGGAUGUAGACGGCUGACUUCGAACUUGAAGGCACAGGGGAUAUGCUGGAGAUGGAUUGGCAUCGAACUUGGCGUUGAGAAGCACUCCUUCAGAUGCCACUCCAAAAGUUACAGUUGUAUCGAUUGUCAAGUCUGUUUCACACCUUACACGUAUCAACAGCACGUAAAAUGCAUUACCGAAAAUCAAAAGUACGGCUCGAAAACCUACGUCGAAAAGGAAGCAAAGGGAGAACUAAAGCAAAACGCAUGGUGUGAGCAGGUGGAGCGAGCUAUCGAAUUUGUCAAAGAUCCAAAACUGAAGGGUUUAUUACAGAAUAUCCAAGGGUAUAGCAACAUUCCACGCAAGGAAGCAAAGUUCAUAAAUUUCUUGACAAAUUCUUGUCGUAUACGGGAUACCACUCUAUGCAAAAUGGCUUGGAAAGCUAUAGCCGAUGAAGCAGAGAAAUUGAAGAAAGAAGAGCAGGCCAAGAAAGACGCGGAGGCUGAAAUAGCUAAAGAAGCAGAGGUAGAUUUGAGGAAAAACGUGGCUUCCUUAGGCUCUGCAAGUUUAUUUCCAGAAAGCAAAGCAAAUGCAGCUCCUGCUACCAAUUUCAAGUGGAAAGCUACUAUAAAACGGAAAUUGCGUGAAGCUGGUGGGGAAAUGAAGGUUAAGAAGUUGCGCAAGAUGGUAGUUGGAGCAUAUCAUGAAGCGGUUGGCGAUGAUGAAGGAAGUGACGAGCUCAAGGAGCUAUUCAUGGCGAAAUUAGCUAAAAGUGGAGUGACAGUGGACGGAAAAAUGGCUUCACUGAUGUCUGUUGCUAUAUACAUUGACAUAUAUCACCCGUUGUUACGUUGA